AUGUCUCCAGGCACAUCUCCAAACCAGAUCCCGGACGAUCCCAUCCAGGAGCAACACUCCAGCUCGAACGAGGAUGUUCUGAUGGACGACUCAGUCCUCGAUCCUUCCUUGAGCACAACCAUUCUCGACGACAUGGAUACCAGCAACAUCCAACACUCACCUCUCGGCCCUGCCUUUCGGACUUGUUCGCUCGGAGACGACCCCUUCUUCAUGCCUGACUUCUCGGCUGGAUCCAAUCCCUCUGUCGAUCGCAACAGCUUUGAAUGCCCUUUGCCGUGUGACAAUAUAUCUGUCGACUCGACUGGCGACGAGUUCAUGCACAACCCACCCGAUGGCUUCUACGCCCAGUUCCCUGGACAUCCCAACGACAACUACGCUAGUCAACCUCCUCCUCCGAACACAUACAUCACCGACCCUUAUCUUCCUGCCCAGAGCACACCCGCAUAUCCUCUUGGACCUUCCUCAUACCGCCCUCAGCAGAUUCCUCCAGACCCUGAGGUUCACUACCCAACACCUGCCUCGAUCCCACCUACAGCAAAACUCGAAGUUCAAUCUCCAAAGACCCCUACAAAGUCCACCAAAAGAGCUCGCAAGUCCAAGCGCGGCAGUCAAAACAAACAGGAGAAAGAUUGGAUUUGUCCCUACUGCAGCCGCGCAUCUACCUGUGCCUCGAAUCUCCAGGAACACAUCCUUACACACUCGAAAGUCAAGGAUUACUUAUGCACUUACGUCAACGAGAAAGGCGACAUCUGCCACAAACGCUUCGCUCGUCCAUGGGGCUUGAAGCGUCAUUGUAACGAAGUUCACAAGGUUAAAGUCAAGGUCAAGAAAAGAGGAGGCGUUAUGGUGAUCCUUGGACCUUAUCUCGGAGAUGGCAGCCCUCAGAGCCGCAAAACAAACGACAAGCAGGAACCUCGUCCUAGUGGUUCUCCCUCUUUUCAGUCGACGAUGGUCCUUAUNCCUCGCACUCCAUACAAUUCUCUUCCCACCUAUGACACCAUUCACAUCACCACCCCCGGUCCAGAUGGACUCUGCCUUUGUGCCACUUGCAGUUCUGCUUUCGCUGGAGCCAAUGAUCUUCUGGUACACAAUCACAUUGAUCAUGAGCUUCCAGUGAGCUCUUUCUGCCUCUGCGACUACUGCAGCUCUUGGAGAUUGACCUUCCAGACUCCAAUCGGUCCCUGCCCCACUUUCUCCAACGUCUAUGGCAGCGUUGACGACAAGAUGGAAGUUGAGGCUCCGGAGGUUGACAUGAAGAUUGACCCCAGACUCCUGACUCCUGCCGCCAACGACUUUGACAUGAUGAACAUCUGUCCAGUUCCCAUCACUCAGGACUCAGCUUACCCAACCAGCACCGACGUCGACUCCCCCAGUCCCUCUCCAUCCUCCAUCGCUUCCGUCUCUUCCAUGGACGAAGAAUCUCCUGUCCUCACUCCACCCCCAACUCACGCUGUUGAUGAUCCAAUCUCUUCUGCUUGGGCCAGACUCGCCGAGAACACCACUGUGACAUACAGUCCAGGUGGUCACCCAGUCCACCACUGCCCUCCUGUUUCUCCCACAACCUUCUACGAAUUCAUGGGUCUUGACUACAACAACAUGACCAACGAACAGCGCCGUGCUUACCUCGGUGGAGCUUGGAACUAA